AAUGUAACCGCUCGCUGAGCGUUGUGUGGAGAAGCCGCGCACGCGCAGUGUUUUCAGCAGGUCGGCCGCCUGGCCCCGGGGAGAGCGUCGGCUCCAUGGGAGGAUGAAGGAGAUGGUUGGAGGCUGCUGCGUGUGCUCGGAUGAGAGGGGCUGGGCCGAAAACCCUCUGGUCUAUUGUGACGGCCACGGGUGCAAUGUGGCCGUGCACCAAGCAUGUUAUGGGAUUGUGCAGGUGCCCACAGGACCAUGGUUCUGCCGAAAAUGUGAAUCACAAGAACGAGCUGCCAGAGUGAGAUGUGAUCUUUGCCCACAUAAAGAGGGGGCGCUUAAGAGAACGGACAAUGGAGGUUGGGCACAUGUGGUAUGUGCCCUGUACAUCCCAGAGGUUCAGUUUGCCAAUGUUUUGACAAUGGAGCCUAUUGUCCUGCAAUAUGUGCCCCAUGAUCGAUUUAAUAAGACAUGCUACAUAUGUGAAGAACAGGGACGAGAGAGCAGGGCCGCUUCUGGGGCCUGUAUGACCUGUAAUCGGCAUGGUUGUCGGCAAGCAUUUCACGUGACAUGUGCUCAGAUGGCUGGUCUUCUAUGUGAAGAGGAGGCUCAGGAGGUUGACAAUGUCAAGUACAUUGGAUACUGCAAAUAUCAUUUCAACAAGAUGGCGAGAGAUCCACAGAAAGUCUCCCGACUCCCUUGUCCCAUCAUCCCUGGCCGCUGCAGUCGGUCAGCUUCCCCUUCUGUGGAAAAACCCCUCUUUUACAAAGAGAGGCAGAAAAAGAGUCAUAAGGACAGGGAGCGAGUUCGACAUAGGAAGCACCGUGAUUCACCAGGGCACAUACCUGUCCCACCCCUACUACCCAUCUCUGUGGAGAAGCAUGAAAGUAGCGCUGACAGUUCCGAAGUCACGAGGUCAGAGUUAAAAGGCAAGAAACCAUAUGGACACAGGAGUCGCAAAACCGGAAGUGGAAAAAAUGCCUCAGGAGCCAGUGGUGCAUCUUCUACAGGUAGUGUUUCCUCUCCUCCUGAUUUGGUCACUUUCCCCAAGUUGGAAGAACAGGAGGAGGAAGAGGAGGAGGAUGAAGAAGCGGAUGAUGAAGACACAGGGAGAUCCUCCAGGCCAACACCAUCAUCUCCUCCAGAACUCACCUUCUCCAGCUUUGGUUCUAUCAUGCGCUUCUCUAGUGAAUCCUUAACACAUGCCCGACCAUGGGACCCUUCCUCUGGGGAAGCUAGACAACAGAAGUGGAGCAGAGAUGGUACUGAGCCCCCACGAGAAAAGAAACAUAAAGGCAGCCAGAAAAGCAGGCAUGGUCCUGGAAGACCCCGGGGGAGUAAGAACAACCCACCACAUAGCAUGUCCUCCUCCACGUUGCCUCUUCCUCCACGGCAUUACACACAACAAUCUACACUUCAUAGUGUCAGCAUGGAGUCAUCCCUGCUAUCCUCAGGUAUCUAUACCAGUAAUAAGGACCCGAUCUCUGUAAGGACGGCGUGCAGCACCCCACUCCCUUCCAGUAUCAUGUCUCAUCAGACCUCCCUUCCUCCAUACAGCAGAGCUUGCUCCAUAACCCCUUCUUCCACGGCCUCUACCACACAGGUUUUCUCAUUGCCUGGCUCCACAUUUAGUAUCCCUUCAUCUCACAUUUUUGGAAGUCCUCUAUCAAUGCCCACACUCCUGAGCCAAGCUGAAAGCAAUAGGACAGAGCCUGAAAUAGAAGAUUGCAGCUUUGUAUGUAGUGGAAAUUCUCCAAGAGAAAGUCUUUCCUCCAUGUCACCCAUCAGUAGUCUCCCUCCUCUGUUUGAUUCAAGUGGCCCGUCCAGUAGCGACAAUGUACCACAGAUCACAGCCAACCUUGAACAGCUGCUGGAGAAACAUGGAGAGGCAGGGAUUAACAUUGUGGACAUGCUUCAAGCUCUGCACUCUCUGCAGAAAGAGAAUCGUUCCCUUCAGGAUCAGAUUCUGACUCUCACUGCUCGUAAAGAAAAGUUACAACUACUCAAUGUCCAGCUGGCUUGUCCCUUUCCUCCGAGUUUACCACCAACCAGUAUCUCUAAUUUGAGUUCCCAGGACUCCUUCAGCAAUAAGAGUCCAACAUCAAAGAGCAGCUUUCGAACAGAAAACUCUCCUUCUGAGGAUCCACACUCUGGCUGCCCAAGCAGAAGCAGUUCCUGUUUGUCAUUGCAUAGUACUCCACCCCCAUGCCCUCUGUCUCAAACAGCACCAUCACUUCCUGCCGUGGGAGCAGAGCAGCUAAUGAAUGGGCUAAUACGAGCUGCAGGCCCUGGAGGCCCCUCUACACUAGCAACUCUUCCUCUUCUUGGAGCUCUCUCUGGAAAUCCUGGAGUGCUCUCGCUAAACAGCAUAUUGGGAACUAUCAAUGGAAAUCUUCAGAGCACUCUAGGACAGGCCCAGAAUCCUCUAUGCAGCGGGACUGCCAGCUCACAUAUACCAGCCAGCCUGUCCUCUUUGAGCACACUGUCAGAGCAGCAGAUGCAGCUAGCACAGCAGUUACAACAGAUCACCACCGCUCAUCUCACUGUGGAUCAGCAAAAUGUCUUGUAUCAAAUUGUCCAACACCUCCAGCAGCGGCGGGACCUUCAGCGCCUGAUAACGCCAGCUGCACCACCUUUGCUUCCUGUGACAACAUGUAGCACUAUGGCAUCUUCCCCUGCCCCACCCAUCCUUACUGCACAAGCACCUCCUUUUCUAGGAUCUCAAGGCGAGGUAAGGGUUUCGAAAAUUGUAGUGUCACUGAUGAAAAAUUAUUUGUUAGGGGAUCUGAAAGCAUUUUUAACAAUCAUUUUCUCAACAUGAUUGUGUGUUUUAUCUACUGCUGCACUGUAGACUAGCACCUAGUACAUGGGCAUUUGCAAUACAGAGUGAUGAUUUGCAGUAAACCAUGGUAACCAAUCAAAUGUUUUUUUUACAAUCAUAAUUAAACCAAAAAAUUAGAAAACAUCUACAAUUUUGAGUUCCUAAAACAGCAAUAGAGGGUAAAUCUUCUAAUAGAGACACUGGUUGUCAUUUCACUUUCUGUUGUCUCUACAGAACAGGAAGUAGAAGAGGAACAUUUUUCCAAUGCUACAGUGAUGGAAGAAAAAUAAUAAUUUUAAAAUAAACUAUCUUAUAUUUUUAAACACUCUCAUGACAAACAAUUGUCAAAGCACUAUGGGUUAAGCAAAAUAGACAGCACUACUAAAGAAGCUUCCUCUGGAGCUCCAUUAGGGCCUCUGUCGACAGGCUUUUAACUUGUGUCAAUGGCAUCAGUUUGACAUGCUUCUAAGAUUAUUCAGAAUUCUUUGACAGGUGCUUUGACGGUUUACCACUUUCUGACCUGCAUGUGACCUGCUUCAAGCGGGUUAUACAUUCCUGUAGACCUGCGAAUCCCAUUUGAAGCAAACAUAAGUCCAUCAGCACAGACGCUUAGUGAAAAUGUUUGUACUGGGGGUUAAGGGUUAUUUUUGUAGUUGGAUAAUGUGUUUUCUACCUUAACCGAUUGCUGACCAGCCGCCGCAGUUAUAC